AUGCUCUUAGAACACAAUGAUCAUGACAACGAGAAUUCCCUUUUCCUCUCAUCCGCCGAGAGCGACUCCCACAUUGAGAAACAACCACACGAUGAGCCCCACGCGAUCGACUCGAAACUGCGCACGCGACUGAUGAUCACCCUGUUCGCCAUGGUUCUUUCCGUCGAGGUAGGAUUGGUAAUGGCCAGCGGACCAAUAACCCGUAUCUACGAGUCCAUCGCCUGUCGAGAGUACUAUGCGCAGUAUAAUCCUAAACAGAUCGGGUCGAAUGGAGAGGUGGACGAGAAGUUGUGCAAAUUGAAGGAGAUUCAGUCCGAGUUGGCUGCCGUGAAGGGAUAUAUGGAGUUUUUCGAUGGGAUACUGAGUAUUUUGCUGGCCAUACCUUACGGCCUCCUGGCAGAUCGGCGUGGGCGUAAGCCUACUGUCUGUCUCAGUAUUCCUGGGUUUGUGCUUAACUGCAUCAUCCAUUUUGCCGUCACGUGGUAUUCGGAUAUCUUCCCUCUGCGCGCAGUCUGGGCAUCAUGUCUAGCCUGGCUGUUCGGCGGCGGACCUGUUGUGGUAUUGGCGAUUAUCUGGACCAUGAUGUCAGACGUGACGACAGAAGAGGAAAGGGCAUCAAUGUUCUUCAAAUUCGGUGUGGCAAGUAUGGCUGCGGAUUUUGCCUCCAAUGCUGCCAGCUCCUGGCUCAUGGUGAUGGAUCCGUGGUUGCCACUGUUUGCCGGAUGGGGAGUGGUAAUCGUCGGCAUGUUCUUUGCUCUAACCCUACCAGAAACUAUCCGUGCUCUGCCACCGUCAGCACAGCAAGUGGGGACCAGUAUAGAGCUAUCCCUUCUCCACAACGGAGAUAUCAACCGCCCUGUGAGGAAAGAACAAGAGUGGACGGAUCUUAAUGACCUCGAUAGCGAUCAGGAGGAGUCUUUGCUUGAGAAACGAUCCAAAUGGACCUUCUUCACCACGAUUCGAACGCAUGCUCGGGAUUACCUAACUCCAUAUUCGUUCAUCUUCGAAAACAAGAAAAUCCUCCUACUCCUCACACCCUUCCUGGUGUACCGACUAAGCCGUGGCUCCUGGUUUCUCAUGCAGUAUAUCUCCACACGAUACAACUGGUCUCUCGCAGAAGCCAACUUCCUCAUGUCCCUUAAACCAGCCCUGAUCAUCCCCCUCUUUCUGGUCAUUCUGCCGGGAAUAUCCAGCCACAUGAAAGGCAUGGAUCAAAUCAAGAAAGACCUCCGACUGGCGCGCGUCAGCAUUGUCUGUCUUACUCUCGGCACGUUAGGAAUUGGACUGUCUCCAUCCAUCGCGGCAUUUAUCCCAAGCUUACUUGUCCAGACGUGCGGGUCAGGGUUUACAUUCUUGACGAGGUCCGUGAUUACGACGCUCGUGAAGACAGAGGAAACGGCAAGACUGUACACGAUUAUCGAAGUGUUGCAGGCUGUAGGAAAUGUCAUCGCGAGUUUGUCGAUCACUGCAGUCUUUCAGGUUGGUCUGGAACUGGGCGGGAUGUGGAUUGGUCUUGCGUGGAUGAUGACUAGUUUCGUGUUUGUUGUAGUGGGUUUGUCGAUUUGGAUGUUUCGAUUGCCGUCAUCUGCAAAGGAUGAUAACGUGGAUAGGGAGGUGUAA